AUGCCCUCCAAACGCCAGAAAGGUUUACUGGCCCCUCUCCCACCAGCAUUCCCUCUCUCCUCGCCCAUCACCGAGGAAGUCCCCAGCCCGCCGUGCUCAUCGUCCGAGGACCACGAGCUAGAACGCACCAGGCCAUUCGAGUUCCUUGUCAAGGCCACGCGGCAACGAAGCCAAAAGCGCAAGCAGGGGCAUCGCUCAGUAAAUUUCUCGCAUCGGGACCGAGAUGGGAAGAGAGUGAGCAUUGGGGGUAUCAUGAAGAAGAAGAAUAAUGCGAAGCCCGUGGGUCUGAACUUGGUAACGGACUUUUCGGAGACGAGUUCAACAGCCACCCCUCGAGCUGAGGGGAAUACGGCUCCGUUUGUGGAUUUGAAUGAUCUGAAGUUGUUGUCUAAGGCAAGGGCGAAGGAGAGGUCCGCUCAGAAACAGAAAGGCCGGACGGUUCCGAAGAAAAGUACGACGACGACUGCGGAUGGAUUCUACCGACUUCCUGAUGAGGUUUCUGUUGAUGUCGAUAUCCAGCAGGGCCUCGCAGAUACAUUUAACACUGAUUCCACAAACGCUCGGCUGGAGGCAAAUCCCAACAACCCUUUCCGUGAUCAGUACGAACUGUCGCCAUCGGAUCGGACUGUCGUCAUAGGUCUUACUGUGCCAUCCAGCGAAGCCCUGCAUUUGGACCGGCUCAAAUCGAGGGACCCUGAUAGUGCCGGCGAACAGGCUACUACACCACUCACUCCCUCGAUUAUUGUCACGCCUGCGUGCGAAGAGGCUCCCUGGCAGAUCCCUAGCCCGGAGACCCAGCGUCCUAGGGCAACGUCCAGCAUUUACUCCCGGCCCACCACUAUACUCGAACAGUUCCCGUCAGAUAUCCCACCCGUACCUGCAAUCCCGGCCUUACAUGCAGCCAAAAAAAUCAAUACCAAUCCCCCUCCGUCCACACGCAACCGCUCGCUCUCCACCGACACCAUCUUUGAAGAAGAUAGUCCCCAGGAAAAGAAGCCCAGCCGGCUGAGCGUAAACACUGAGUCGAACAGACCCCAGUCCCAGGGAUGGUGGACGUACUUGCUCUCCCCACUACUCAGCCGUUCCAACACCUUCUCAAGCAAGAAGUCACCCACCAGCCCGGGCUUCUCUAUUUCUCCUCGAGCCUUCCGCGCCAAAGAACCAACUAAAGACUGGUGGGAGAAAGAAGUCUCGUGUUUUUCACCAGAGACUCCGGAAGCUGUUGCGCCGAAUGCAUGGGAGAAGAAACCGGAGCAAUCACGAUCACUCAAUGGCGGUGGUGAAGAAGUGGCCGCAGCAGCCCCGACCAACAGGGAUAAUCUGACAUCCAUGAUGUUUCCCGGACGUCCGAUUCAGGGCCUUGCGGCCGAGUAUUACCAGGCUUGUGCCCAUGAGCUUUUCAGCAAGACUCCGUUCUUUGAAUGCCAGGAUCAUGUCUGCUCUAUCACGCCCGUCAAGAUCGUGAGCAAUGAGAAAGCAGUGGUAGAUGUACCGGGGGAUCAGAGACUGGCUCUUGUUGAGGUUGAUCCUUCAAACGCUGGCCUGCAGGGGCGUGGUGUGCCUGCAGAGAAGACGAAAACUGCCACCCGAGGACUUCUUAUUGAUGUUGACUCCCCUCGGCCAAAUAAUGGAGACACGAAAGGUGUUACACGAUCACCUGCUUCCGCUACGAGCACAGACUCGUGGGUGUCCACGGCGGUUGACACUCCCGAGCAGGAAAAGCCUUUGUCCCAAACCAAAGGUUUCAUUGAAGAACCACCAGCUCCAGUUCAAGUUUCUCAACCACGGAUUUUCGAAUCUGAGAAACGGGCUCCGACGCCUGUAGCUGCUCCGACGCCGCAAAUAAUCAACACCUUCUCGCCACCUGGGAACAACGUGCACUAUCCACCGCCAGUUGCUCAGCCGCCGUUCCAGCCAGCUCCUGUGAUAGAAAAGGAAGUACCCCAUUUCGGACCCGUCUACCCUCCUGGUCAUGACACACCAUUGGGACAACAGGCAGCGCCAAAUUCAACAUGGCUACAAGAACAUUCUCGACCACCAGAACCAGUGUCUCCGGGCUUUCAACGACAGACAGAGGGUACCAGAUCGAUCCCUAUGAAUGACAUGCAGGCCCCAGCACCAGCAUACACCCAGUAUCAAAGAGAUGACGCCCUACCGCCACGCUACGCUCUGCACCCGUCACCAGGAGCAGUGGUGAUGGACCCAACCGCGCCAAGAGGACCGGGUGAGAACCGUCGUCGUCGACUGGAAAGAGAAGACGCCAUUGGACGCCAAGUCGGCGGUCUAUGGCGCGGACGAGGCCCGGUUUCCAAGAGGGGAUGUUUCGGACGGCCUGGACGUGAGGGCCGACUCCGACGACGGUGGUACUUUGGCAUUUGCAUUUUCUUCUUCGUGAUUGUCGCAGUGGCCAUUUCCCUCGCGCUCACUCUAACCAAGCACGGAGACACAACACCCGUGCAGUCCCAGUGGCUCAAUCUGACGGGAUAUCCGCCCAUGCCAACGGGGAUUGCCACGAUAGCAGGCGCCGAACCGCAGGUCCAGCGAUCUGCGUGCAUUACGCCUCCUUCUUUGUGGAGCUGUGCGCUGCCCAAGGGCGAGCUGCAGUCUGCGAAUAUGCCCUACGCGGCUAACAACCCUAACUUCCGGGUUGAGAUUCGUUUUCUCAACGGGACUUACAACCACAGCACAGUUGUCAAUACUAGCUCGACGCUUCGUGUCAGGAGGGAUAACGGCUCAUUUGAUCCAUCGCCUUCACCACCAAGUCUCGCAGACCAGACGUUCCUCGGUAACACCACAGACGGCAACGCUGUCCCUUACGCAGGCGAGGACACGCCCUUCUACAUGACCAUCAUGUCACCAGCGCAAGUGUCUUCUAACGCCCUGUUCCGCCGCUCCUCAUCUUCCUCUGCAUCCAGCGAAACAUUCAACCUAUCAAACAUCAUCCCAGCACCCGACGAGACCACUGACGGUUUACCCGCCGCGGCAACACUCUACCCACUCCCAGACUCGCAGCCCGUUCGUUUAUACAACCGGGGAAUGUCAACAGAGCACUACGGCUUCUAUACAUACUUCGAUAAGUCGAUCUUCCUCGAAUCCGAGUCCCCCCUAAACGGCGGAACAAGCGACACCAAUGCCAACGACACCAACGGCGGCUCAGCCCAGUCCAGCGCAAAAGUGCGCUGCACAUGGUCUCAAACACGCUUCCUCGUGCAGAUCUGGACCCAACCUGGGAAGCUGGGAUACAACCUGGUUUCAGGCAGGAGUACAGGUACAAGCACAAGCACAAGCACAAGCACACCUGCCUCGUCAACACCAACAGCCACGUCAACGAUACCGACAUCUUCGUCGUCUGCGACGGAUUUUACCCGUCCAGGCUCGUUUCCCUAUCCCGUUACUAUAACAGUUGACCGCCACGGCGGCAACGCAGAUCAAAAACUGGUGUACUGCUACGGGAUUGAAGAGGAUGGACAUUACAAUGUUACGAAUCACAAGCUGGAGAUUGAGGAUCGGAGUGUGGGUGGGACGUUGAUUGAUCCUGCUAGUUCGAGUGAGAAGGGUGGGAGUUACGGGGGUGUUGAUGGGGGGACAGGCGGGUGUGAGUGUCAGUGGACGAAUUGGAUUGGGAGUGUUUAG